AAAGCUUAAUGAACAAGCAAGAGAAGAGUCAACAAAAUGUGCUGCUAAGUGCUAUAUAUAUAUCACUUAUCCGAGACAAUAUGCAUCUCCAGCUACAAAGAAAAUGGCUUAUUCCAAAAAGCAUUCGUUCCUUUUGAUUUCCACUCUCCUCAUGAUUCUCCAACUCCAGUUCUCUUCUGCAAAAGCUGCCAUUAAAGGUGGCUAUUGGUAUUCUGAUAGUGGCCUUGCAGUUUCUGAUAUUGAUCCCUCUUAUUUCACCCACUUGUUCUGUGCAUUUGCUGAUCUUGAUUCUAAUACCAACCAAGUCACUAUUUCUUCUACAAACGCUGCUAGUUUCUCAACUUUUACUCAAACCAUUCAGGCAAAGAGUAGUUCGGUGCAAACCCUUUUAUCAAUUGGUGGUGGGGGUGGUUCUGCUUUGGCACAAAAAUUUGCCAAUAUGGCUAGCCAAGCCAGUAGCCGAAAAUCGUUCAUAGAUUCUUCAAUCCAAUUAGCCAGAGAUAACAACUUCAAUGGCCUUGAUCUUGACUGGGAGUAUCCAUCGUCAGACACAGACAAGACCAACUUUGGUUUACUCAUCACAGAGUGGAGAGCUGCUGUGGCACAAGAGGCUAGUAGUUCCGGCAAUCCAGCACUACUGUUAUCUGCUGCAGUGGGUGGCUCUGAUCAGAUCACACCAUUGCAGUACUACCCAGGUCAGGAUAUUGCAGACAACUUGGAUUGGGUCAAUGUAAUGACUUAUGACCUUUUCACCUCAGAUAGUUAUCCAACCGUGACGCAACCACCUGCUCCUUUGAAAAAUCCAACUGGCCAAUUCAGUGCAGAGGAAGGUAUCACUAAAUGGAUUGGGUUAGGAGUGCCAAAAAGCAAACUUGCACUGGGUUUACCUUUCUAUGGUUUCAAGUGGAGUUUGGCAGAUCCUAAUGACCAUGGACUGUUUGAUACAGCUACACAGGGACUUGGGGCAGUGAAGUACAAGGAUAUUAUAAAUGCUGGGGCGCAAGUUGUGUACAAUUCCACAUAUGUUACCAAUUACUGCUUCACAGGGACAGAUUGGUAUGGAUACGAUGACACUCAGAGUAUAUCUGCAAAGGUUGACUAUGCCAAGCAAAAUGGAUUGUUUGGAUAUUUUUCUUGGCAUAUUGAACAAGACAGCAACUGGGCUCUUUCUCAAGCAGCUUCUCAAGCAUGGGAAGGCUAGUAAUGGAUUGUAGACAAAGUCCUAUGCUGCAAAGAGAACAAAGAUUGAGGGUUAUGUACAUUAUAUUAAAGUUAUGACCCUUCUAGUUUCUAUCCUCUCAUGUAACAAUAAAAAAUAAGAGAGAUAUUAAAGGAUCUAUACUAAUAAAAAAGGAACUCUUGCUUCGCUUCUCUUGAUCUUAAUCAAUAAGAGACUUUUACUACAAUA